UGAUCACCUCUUCACAAGAGUAAUCUUCUCUCUUGACUCUCUUCAAACAUCCCUCGCAAUUUUUUGCCUUCCAGCCUUUUCUCUAUUCACUUCCUUACUUUAACACCUUAGCCCAGACUUUCCGCAAUCAAUAUAGACUAUAUAGUACUGUUCCUUCUCUUCCAUUGCAAACGGCCUCACACUUGCUAAGCAAAUGGCAUCCAGUUCAAUGUCCUCCAAAAGCUCCGACUCUUGGACUGCCAAGGAAAACAAGGCCUUUGAGCGGGCUCUGGCUGUGUAUGAUAAGGACACUCCCGACCGUUGGUACAAUGUCGCUAAGGCUGUUGGUGGGAAAACUGAGGAAGAGGUGAAAAGGCGCUAUGAAGAACUUGUGGAGGAUGUCAAACGUAUUGAGGCUGGCCGAGUGCCCUUCCCCAAGUACAAGACAACUGGAGGGAGUGGCCAGGGAAACAUGACCGACGAGGAAAAGAGGAUGAGGAACCUGAGGCUCUACUGAAGUGCAAUGCCGGCCAUGUUUAACUACAAUAAAGAUUAAUCACUCUGCUCCUCCUAAUAUUCGUCCUUGUAUUAGCUAGUGGUAAUAUAACUAGCGUAAGAAUCACAAACUUGGUGAUUCCAUCUUCAAUUUCAUGUCCGUUUUAAGUUCAGUCUACCACCUAUUUCCUUACUAUUCCACCAUAAGCAUAUCAAUGCAAUGAAAUAUAUAUAUAUAUAUAUAUAUAUAUAUAUAUCAGUAAUAUGUUUUAUGUUUA